UACAUAUACCAAUUUUAAUGUAAUUCCUUUGUGAAAUAUAGAUAGCGUAAGAUGAAUUUUGAUAAUGGAAACGAUUCUAACGUUUUACCUGUUGAAAACGAAUAUGAGACCAACAUCAUGGACACUGAUGAUACAUCAAAUUAUCAACAAGAAACAAUGAACCAAAAUCGUACAAAACCUCUAUCGCCUCUCGGAUGCGAAGUGAAAAAGAAGAAAAGAUUCAUCUGCGUCUUCACAAUUUUCUUGCUGGUCGAUAUUCUCAUCACUGCAAUUUGCUUAGUAUUUGUGAUGCAGGGGAAAGCGGGGGAAAAUAAUGAAGCUCGAGCAGAUUACGCAGCCUAUACAAACAUAUCAGAAUUAAGAAAUGAACUUCCAUCAGAAUGGAGAAAUAUUUCUGAUACGAAAUUGCUCAACAAAAUCGAAAGAAUUUCUCAUAAAAUUGAUCAUAAGAGGAAAGUUCGUCUCGCCGGCGGAAAAACAGAAAAAGAAGGGCGUGUGGAAAUUUUGUACAUGGGUGAAUGGGGAACCGUUUGCGACGAUACUUGGGGUACAAAUGAAGCUCAGGUUAUCUGUGAAAUGUUGGAUUUCUCUGAGGCAUUAGAGGCUCCGACAAACGCACGUUUUGGACCCGGAAGGGGUCGCAUUUGGCUUGAUCAAGUUAAUUGCGGUGGAAUAGAGACCAGUAUUGGUGACUGUCUACACGAAAGUUGGGGACAUCACAACUGUAGGCAUGACGAGGACGCAUCGGUCAUUUGUGAAUAAGAACUAACUCUUGAUGAACCAAGUAUUCUGUUUUCGGUUUCGAAAAGACUGCCAGAUUAAAAAAAAUUCUAUCAUAUUUAUUGCAUGAAAUCUUGUAUUGCUGUUUCAGUUUCGGAAUAUCAGAACCCAUAUGCUCGUAGUGCCCAGAAAUUUUGCGUUUCUGUGAAAUAGGUUCUUGACACUGAGCAUAACAUUUUACGAAAAGUUCAACACAGAAAAACUCAGAACUAUAAGACUACCGGUCUCAAAGGAUGUGAAUCAAGAUGGCGGACACCGGAACGUACGGUAGUAUGUGAACCAGGUUAGGCUAUAUUUUCAGGUACAAAUAUUGCAGAAGUCACUUGGCUGGUUCCCGAACUCGUAAUAUAACUAAAAUAAGAAGUAUUGGAAUAAAAUUAUGGCCUAACCCUAACCUUGUACACAUACUACGUUCCGGUGUCCGGCAUCUUGUUUCACGCACUUCGGGAGGGUCGAAACUCCAACGUUUUUACCUUAUUAAAUUAUGCCAGUCCUCCAGGUCCUCUGCAUUUUGUUUGUCCGUUUGUUUCUU